GUUUUCUUACGGAGAUAACUUUCCUUUUAGUCAUUAUAUUACAUUUUAAUUGCAUUACAUAGGUUUGGUCGUCAUACUAGAAUUUCAUAUUAGCAUGAACAAAAUAGAGGGUACUUGUAAAUUUUUCCUGGAAUCUCGGAAGGUGAUUUGUUAAGAAUUUAGUGUGUAGAAGAUAAUGCAAAACGACAAUGGUUCCUACGGAAGCGCCAGUGAUCUGCUGGACAGCCAUGUGCUGGGCAACGAGAAGCAGUGCCGCGCACCAGCCAUGGAAACCUCGCGGCGAUCAAGUCUAGGCGCCAACAGUGUUGAGAUUGGAGAAAUAACUGAAUCUCCCGACACGGAAUACAUGAGCACAUCCGCUAUAUUACAUUAUUGCAAAUCUAAGAUAUUAGUACCGUAUUUAAAAUUAUUAACAAUAAUGGGUCUGAGACCGGUAGUGGACGCUUCCAACUCCUCGAAAUAUGCCAUUUGCUUUUCGCAUUAUCAUUCUGCACAAGUAGCAGUUUUAAUGUUUUUUGGCUACAUUUUACAAUAUAUGGCUUGCUUCAGACGCGACAGAGGAUUUUGUUACAAAUUGGUGCCCCUAGCUAUGACGUCUUCUUUGGAAUACGAUACAUACAAACAAAUAUGUUACGGCAAUGUUACUUUAACGUACAUCGGGCCAAGCGUUCUUCACUACAUAGGUUUUCUGUAUGCCCUCUAUUUGUUUAGAAUAUCUGAUAACGAACAGUUACAAAAUCUUAUGGAAAGGGUGUUCCUUUUGUCUUCAUACGCGCCGCAAGGUAGCGCCACCGCGAACCCUAAGCGUUUGCUGCGUAUGUUGUGGUUUUUUAUAAUAUUGAGUAUUGUCUGGAUGUGCAUCUCUCUGUGUUCAGUUAACUUAAUGCUGGCCAGAGGAACAAUCAUGUUUAGAUGGAUGGAGACGAGUUCGAAUGAGGUGAGAUUGGGGUUGAAAAUACUGCUGAUAAUCUGCACCUUGAUACACGACAUGGUCCAGGCGACGGUGAUCACGAGCUACUGCCUGCAGGCGCAGCUGCUGCAAGCACACCUCAUGUUCCUGCGGGAGCGCCUGCUCAAUAGGACUAUCACACCAUUGAACUGGAUGAGGGAAAUAGCGGAAUUUCGCAAGUUGCUAAAAUAUUUGAACGACGAGCUGGCGCCAGCUGUAUGUCUGUUCACGAUAGUGAACAUUUCGUGGGCGGCGUCCGGGUUCAUGUGGCUGCUAGGCCUAGACAAGGUGGACACGGAGACGGAGCCCAUCGCGGGAAUAAGCAUUUUGAACCAGUUGCUCUGGUUGGCAGCUGUUAUUGCACCAUUUGUGCAGGCGGCGCGUUUGUCGACGGAAUGCCGACAUACGCAGUCUGUGGGUCACGAGCUGUGCGUGCGGCCAUUCCUGCACCAGGACACGUCGCACGAGGACAUCAGCGCGGUGCUCAUGUACGCGGCCACGCUCAACUUGCGCGCCAAGCUCUUCUGUCACCCGGUCGCGGGAAACUACGUCUGUCUCGCUCUCACACUCGCGCUCAUCGUACUCUUCGCACUCGGCAUGUCUCACUAUUUACAAUGA